GGCAGCUUCUCACGUGACUCAGAUCUCGGAUCCUGCCAAGAGCGAGAGGCUGCGCUGCGAUGGGGCUCCUAGACCGCCGGUGUCUCCUGCUGGCGCUGCUCCAGCUGCCCGCCUUGCUCCGCUUGGAGACCGCCGCCGCCGCCGCCUUCGGGUGGGCUCCGGAGCCGGACCAGCUUUUCCAGAUCCCAGAGGGAUGGAGCUGUCUGGGUCGAGUGGCGUCCUCGGAGGCGCUGAGCCUGACCUUCGCCCUCCGGCAGCAGAAUGUGGGGCGCCUGGAGGAGCUGGUGCACCGAGUCUCCUCUCCAGACUCUUCAGAGUAUGGCCGGUUCCUGUCUCUAGCGGAGGUGCAGGCCCUGGUUGCCCCCUCCCCUCAAACGCUGAAUGCUGUUCGCAAAUGGCUGGAGGCUCAUGGGAUCUGGGACUGCACAGACGUGGGCACCAAGGACUUUUUGCAGUGCCUGGUGCCAGCCGGCGUGGCAGAGCAGCUCCUCCCGGGUGCACAGUUCCAGCGCUAUGUCAACGGGGAGCGAAGCGUCGUGAGGUCCCCCUUUGCCUACACCUUAGCGGAGGAGGUGGCCGAGCACGUGGAUUUUGUGGGGGGUCUCCAUCGCUUCCCUGCCGACAGGAAGGCAGUGAGUAGGGCCUGGACUGCAGGAAAGGCGCUGCUCUCCACCUUUCACCUGGGGGUGACACCGGCUGUGAUCCGGCAGCGGUACAACCUGACUGACAAGGAUGUGGGCAGCUCCCCCAACAACAGCCAGGCCUGUGCCCAGUUCCUGGAGCAGUACUUCCACCAAGCGGACCUGGCUGAGUUCAUGGGCUUCUUUGGGAAGAGUUUCCCUCACCAUUUGCGUGUGGACCAGGUGGUGGGGCACCAGGGCUGGGGCAAGGCCGGCGUGGAAGCCAGCUUGGACGUGGAGUACAUCAUGAGCUCUGGGGCCAACAUCUCCACCUGGGUCUUCAGCAACGGAGGGAGGCAUGAAAGCCAGGAGCCUUUCCUGCAGUGGCUCCUUGUGCUCAGCAACAUGUCUGCCCUGCCCUGGGUGCACACGGUCAGCUAUGGCGACGAUGAGGACAGCCUGUCCCGGGCCUACAUGGAGCGGGUCAACGUGGAGUUCAUGAAGGCAGCUGCCCGAGGGAUGAGCAUCCUCUUUGCCUCAGGUGACUCUGGAGCAGGUUGUCGGUCAGUCCACGGAGGGAAGCACACCUUCCGGCCCAGCUUCCCAGCCUCCAGCCCCUACGUGACCACAGUGGGUGGGACGUCGUUCCAGCACCCCUUCCUGGUCAGUGAUGAGGUCACCGACUCCAUCAGCGGGGGAGGCUUCAGCAACGUCUUCCCGAUGCCAAAGUACCAGACAACAGCUGUGAAGCGGUUCCUGAGCACGACCACCAAGCUGCCACCUUCCAGCUAUUACAACAAGACGGGCAGAGCCUACCCGGACCUGGCUGCUCUCUCUGACAACUACUGGGUGGUGACCAACCGCAUCCCCAUGCCCUGGGUCUCGGGCACUUCGGCCUCGACUCCUGUGGUGGGGGGCAUCAUAGCUCUGAUCAAUGACUGGCGCCUCCAGCGAGGGCAGCCCCCCCUGGGCUUCCUCAACCCUGCCCUCUACCGGCUCCAGGAGAAGGGGAACAGCACCGCCCUCUAUGACGUGACCAAGGGCUGCCACUACUCGUGUCUAGAUGAAACUGUGCAAGGCCAAGGAUUCUGCGCUGCUCCUUCCUGGGAUCCUGUCACCGGCUGGGGGACACCAAACUACCCAGAGCUCCUGUCUGCCCUGCUGGGCUAGGCGCUGGGGGGGGCUAGGUGGCCACAUCACACUUGCAGACAUCCAUGGUGCUUGGCCACUCAAUAGCUGGGGGGAGUUGCUUGGUGUCCAGCAGCCAAAGUCCCAUCUGCUCAGGGGGAAGGCGUGUGUGGGCCCCUCACUGCCCAGGGCUGGGUGGGAAUCUCAAGCUGCAAGAUGGAGGCAGGGGGCAUUUCAGAGGGGCCCCCCCUGCCUCCUUUGCAUGACCACAAAGUGUGCAUUAGCCUAACAGAAAAGACAGUGGAAGCAGAAAUAUGCACAUUCAUCUCUGUGAAUCUAUAGUGAUACGUCGGGAGGGGAAGGUGCAUAACAGUCUCAAUCAUGUGUUUAGUGUGUGAAAUACAUUGAAGUGGAAAGAGUUGUGUGUCUCUCUUAGCAAAUGUGAGAACUUUGCAUCUGCAGCUACACAAGGGCAGUCCCAUGAUUGGCCAAUCAGGUAGGAGGAGGGGUCACAGUGUGUGCCCCCCUCCCCAUACCCCAAACCAGCCUAUCUGGUGCCUGAGACCUCUGAGGAUGAAGCCCUGCCUCUAGGAAACUUAGAUAGCCAAAUGACCAGUUCUUCACCAGCUCCAACUGGAAACUACCUCAUUGGAGUGAAGGUGGGGGUUGCCCUCCCGCUGUUGGGGGCUCCACAAGAUGCAAUGCCAGCUCAGUCCCUCUCCUCUAUGUCACAACUCCCUAAGCAGAAGGCCUUGCUUGGGUCCUGGCCCUGAUCCUGCCCCACCUGCAGGAACCGCUUUGCCAGCAUUACUUGGGCACCAUUUGCAGGCUGGGGAAUUUGUGGGAGCCCAGUUCAAUGCCUCCGUUGCCUGUGAAAUCUUUGCCAGGCAGUUGCCCCCCCCCAUUCUUUCCCUCCUGCUCCAAAGUCAAUGGAGGCAGCACUUCUUCCCCUCUCCCACCCCCUAAUUUGCACUAGAGCAUUUAAUGUGGAAAUACUGAUAUUCUUCCUCCAAUAAUGGAUUUAUAUAUUCAGCUUUGAUAAUUCUAAAUACAAUUACUUAUGGUUGUGAUUUCUUUUUUAAAAAGCAACAACAGAUUUGUGGUGUUUCGGGCUCAUGGGUGUGAAUGCAAAAGCAGAGCAAUAAAUAAAUAUUUUGGAGAGUUGCUCCCA